GCCUAUGGGGCUCAGUAUGGGUUCAGCCUAUCUGCAUUCUCCCAGGCCUCUGAGCCUGUUUCCUGCACAUGGUGGCAACUUCACCUGGAUCCACACCUGAAUGUUUACAGCCCCAGCCUGCCCGGGAAUUCCAACCCCAGGAGGAACCAGCUCAUCAACCUGAACCAUUAUGCCACCAAGAAGAGCGUGGCAGAGAGCAUGCUGGACGUGGCCCUCUUCAUGUCCAACGCCACGCGGCUGAAAGUGGUACUGGAGCAGGGGCCAUCCUCUCAUUACUACAUCACCCUCAUAACCCUCAUCAGCAUCUCCCUGCUUCUGCAGGUGGUCAUCGGAAUCCUGCUUGUGGUCAUUGCACGGCUGAACCUGAAUGAGGUGGAAAAGCAGUGGCGAUUAAACCAGCUCAACAAUGCUGCCACCACCUUGGUCUUCAUCACUGUUGUCGUCAACAUCUUCAUAACAGCCUUCGGGGCACAUAAGACAGGGUUCCUGGCUGCCAGGACCUCAAGAAAUCCUCUCUGAACAGAAGCUGGGGCUGAGGUACUGGUCUGGAACUGCUUCCACCUCCUUCCUCCCUGAUCUCCCAGGCUGUUGGGCACUUUCCCCAGACCCUGGAAGAGCUUUUAAAAGGACAGUGUAGAUGCCCUUGCUCCCUUCCCAUGAGUAACUCAAUUAAGAUGUGGUAUUUUGCUGGUCUAAGUGAAUUCCAUCUUGGUCUGGAGUCCUAAGCUCAGACUGGGGUACUGCCAGCCUUUUCUCCCUGGUAGCAUCUCCUGAACCUAAGGCAUGUGAGGAAGACAGAGUCUUCCUAGCUAAAGGACUCUGGUGCUGACUCCACCCCAUCCCUUGCCUCUGCUCUGGGUCUGUUUUCCUUUCUGUAAAAUGGAAUGAUUUCUGUCUAUAAAAUUUUCUGCAAAUCCACUGUGAGUCAGUCUGUCUGUCUUCAGUGCCGAAGGCCCAACCAUCCAGGUCGGUGUCUGAAUGCCCUCUCCAUCCGUGUCCUG